AUGAAGAAAGUUUUGAUUUUGAUGUUGUUAAUGAUGUUGGGUAUUGAUGUUUCAGAAGGGGCAAGGAAGGUAUCUUGGAGGGUGCACACACUGUUUUCUGUUGAAUGUCAUAAUUACUUUGAUUGGCAAACGGUUGGGUUGAUGAAUAGUUAUAGGAAAGCUAAACAGCCGGGGCCUAUUACUCGUCUUCUUAGUUGUACUGAUGAGGAGAAGAAGAAUUAUAAAGGGAUGCAUUUGGCUCCAACUUUUGAGGUUCCUUCUAUGAGUAGACAUCCAAUAACUGGUGAUUGGUACCCUGCAAUAAACAAACCUGCCGGGGUCGUACACUGGCUUAAAUAUAGUAAAGAUGCCAUAAAUGUUGAUUGGGUUCUCAUUCUAGACGCAGACAUGAUUAUACGUGGCCCAAUUUUACCUUGGGAACUUGGUGCCGAGAAAGGAAAACCUGUUGCAGCAUAUUAUGGGUACUUAAUAGGUUGUGACAAUAUUUUGGCUAAACUGCACACCAAAAACCCGGAGCUGUGUGACAAAGUUGGUGGGCUUUUGGCCUUUCAUAUUAGUGACCUGCGGGAAUUCGCCCCCUUGUGGCUUUCGAAAACGGAAGAAGUACGAGAAGAUAAGGAACACUGGGCAACAAACAUAACUGGAGACAUAUAUGGAAAAGGAUGGAUUAGUGAGAUGUAUGGAUACUCUUUCGGUGCUGCAGAAAUAGGACUUCGGCACAAGAUCAAUGAUAACUUGAUGCUCUACCCGGGUUAUGUUCCUCAAGAGGGAAUUGAGCCGGUUCUUCUUCACUAUGGGCUUCCAUUUAGUGUCGGGAAUUGGUCUUUUGAUAAACUGGCUCACCAUAAUGAUGGAAUUGUUUAUGAAUGUAACCGGCUCUUUCCGGAGCCUCCUUAUCCGAAAGAGGUAUUACAGUUUGAACUCGACGCUAACCGAAGGCGAGGACUAUUUAUAAGCAUAGAGUGCAUAAACACUAUAAAUGAAGGUCUUGUAUUACUGCACGGAGCAAACGGUUGUCCUAAGCCAGCGUGGUCGAAAUACUUGAGCUUUUUAAAAAGCAAAUCUUUUGCCGAACUAACUAAGCCAAAAUAUGUGACUCCUGCUACUUUAGAAAUGAUGAAUGAAGAAAUCGUCGAAGCACCCGUUGAUGGAAAGCCGCAUCCCAAAAUUCAUACGCUUUUUUCCACGGAAUGCACGACGUAUUUUGAUUGGCAAACUGUGGGAUUCAUGCACAGUUUUCGUUUGAGUGGACAGCCCGGAAAUGUAACCAGACUACUUAGCUGCUCCGGCGAGGAUUUGGUGAAGUAUAAAGGCCAUGAUCUGGCUCCUACUCAUUAUGUUCCGUCUAUGAAUCGACAUCCAUUAACAGGAGAUUGGUAUCCAGCAAUUAAUAAACCAGCUGCAGUUCUUCACUGGCUUAAUCACGUAAAUAUCGAUGCUGAAUACAUAGUGAUUCUUGAUGCUGAUAUGAUCCUGAGAGGCCCAAUCACACCGUGGGAGUUCAAAGCUUCCCGUGGCCAUCCUGUUUCAACUCCUUACGACUACCUUAUUGGCUGUGACAACGAACUUGCAAAACUUCAUACUAGCCAUCCCGAGGCUUGCGACAAAGUUGGUGGUGUGAUCAUUAUGCAUAUAGAUGAUCUCCGGAAAUUUGCGAUGCUAUGGCUUCAUAAAACCGAGGAGGUUCGAGCUGAUAGAGCUCAUUAUGCAAGAAAUAUAACAGGAGACAUAUAUGAAUCCGGGUGGAUCAGUGAGAUGUACGGUUACUCAUUCGGUGCAGCCGAGUUGAAACUAAAGCAUACUAUAAGCAGUGAGAUACUGAUAUACCCGGGAUACGUUCCUGCGCUGAAUGUCAAAUAUCGAGUUUUUCAUUAUGGAUUGCAAUUCAGUGUCGGGAACUGGAGCUUCGACAAAGCUGCCUGGCGAGAGAUUGACAUGGUGAACAGAUGCUGGGCCAAGUUCCCAGAUCCACCGGAUCCCUCAACUGUUGAUCAAACUAAUCCGGAGAAUUUCCGACGUGACAUACUCAGCAUAGAAUGUGGAAAAACCCUUAACGAAGCGCUCGAAAUUCAUCACAAGAAGAAGUGUCCUACUGCUGAUUCAUUGAUAACAAAAGGCAAUGAGAAAACACAAGAAAGUGGAACUUCGAGUGAAAUCGGCAACACCGACGCAGGUAUUUCAAUAACUAAUCGCGUCACAGCGACAAACCAGUCAGAGGAGUUAGCGAGUGAUCAAAAAGAUGAGAUUCCGAGUUCAUUCAGGUUUUGGUUUGUAUUCUUGUGGGCAUUUUCUGGAUUCGGUUUCUUGGUUGUCACUUAUAUAGUGUGUACGGGUCAUAGAAGAGGGCGGACAAGGAUGAAACAUCAUAAUAGAAGGAGAAGAAGCUCGAAUGCAGGAUUCAUGGAUAUUAAUGGACGCGAUCGGCACGGCCGAGAUGUGGAUCUAUAA